AUGAGAUUCGAGCAAGCGAGCACCGCGACCAACACAAGACCAAACGGCACAUACAUCAUCUUGCCCGGCCCAAAGACCCCAAUGAAGAAUGGAAGACUGACGGAGCGUGCCAUCUUCACGAAUUUCAAUACCGUAUACGUCGAUCAACACGGAAAAUGCUUCAGUCUGCGUCCGAAAGGCAUCGACCCGCAAGCGUUGGUCAACCAAGUCCCGGAGCGUGAGGUGCUAUGGAUUGAGAAGAUGGGAGAAGACGAUUCCAACGAACUGUUGCGCCUGACCAUGGUUGUGAACUGGAAGGAGGUGUUCGAGCGCGAUGUUGAUGAAGUCCGCGUACAAGUUACCGGGGAGACUCAUCAAUCAACGUUACUGUUCCACGUCACAUUCUCCGCUCACAUUGAACUCACAAUGGAUGCAAAAGCUGCACAGCGGCUCGUCGAGUCGAUUCCGACUCUGUAUCGCGGGCCAGGAGGCGCUUGUGCUCUCCUUAGAGACGGCGAAGUGUAUGGCGAGCACGUCUGGGGGUAUGCCAACAGCGAAAAGCGUAUUCCUAUGACGAAGGAAACCAUCUUGCCGAUAUGCUCCAUCUCGAAGCAAUUCGUCUGUCUGGUGCUGGCGAAGCUCUUCGAAGAAGACGGGAUGGCCGAGAAGGGCGACAAAGCAAUGCGAGAUAUGCUUCCUUCAAAUCUCUCCGACAACAAGGACCUCACAGUGGAGCGGCUCGCUCAUAUGCAGUCCGGCAUCCGAGACUACUGGGCUUUGACCGUACUUUGGGGUGCUCAAGCGGACUCACGAUUUACGCUCGCAGAUGAUGCACCGGCAGCUCUGAAGAGACUUGGAAACUUUCACUUUGAGCCUGGAAUGAGCUACUCCUACUCCAAUGUCAACUUCUACGUACUUGGCCGCAUAGCUGAGAGCAUAUCUGGCAAGCCACUUGGGAAGCUGCUCGAGGAAUACAUCUUUACUCCUGCAGGCAUGACCACCGCGCAGCUUGCGUCCGACACAAGUAACCGACCUGGACCCAGCGUUGGCUACGAAGGAACCGAGCAGGUCGGGUACUUCCCAGCAUUGAACAGAAUAGAAUGGGCGGGCGAUGCGGGUAUUGUGGCAACGCUUAAAGACAUGGUUGCGUACGAGCAGUAUCUGGAUCGCCAGCAGGUGGAUGACAACAGCGCAUAUCGACGGAAUGCGCAAGCUGUCACCUUCAAGGACGACAACCCAGCGUUCUAUGGCUGGGGUCUGGGCCGCGGUAAAACGGCGGGUAACGAAACACGAGGGCACGGUGGUGCUUUGCGAGGGUUUAGACUCCACAGGCGGUACAUGCCUGAUGAGCGUCUCUCGGCUGUCGUUAUGUUCAACCAUGAAGCCGACGCCGAAGCAGCAAACACUCACCUUUUGGAGAAUGCCUUGCUCAACCCCAAGGAUGAUUCAGAGUCAAGGCCAGCCGCCGAUAAAGGUUGGGAAGGUGCAUACUUCGACUCUGAAUCUCAGCUUGCGAUUACUGUAGCUCAAGGAAGCAGCAAUGGCGAGUUGAUGGUCAAUGUCUCCUCCCACCCGGCCAAACUACGUUGCUCGAGCUCACACGAGGCACGCUCUGAUACGAUGACGGCCACACUCGACGGCGACGUCCUCACUAUAACCCGGUUGAUCGAAAAUUGGACAAUGACCGCAAAGCGCAUAACACCGUCUACCGGAGCCGACUGCACCCAUCUCAACGGCGACUACCAUAGUGCCGAAGUGGACUCCACCUUUCACGUCACUGGCGGCCCCGGGAUCAUGUAUGGCUCAUUUCAUGGCUACUUGGGCAAAGGCCCGGCGUACGUCAUGAAGGAGCUGGGAGCGGGAGUCUGGUUCCUGUCAUGCGAGAGGAGCCCGGAUGCACCUGCGCCUGGGAGUUGGACUGUGAUGUUUGAACCGGAUGGCGCUGUAGCUAUCGGCUGCUGGCUUGCGAGGAGGAUACCGUAUUCGAAGCUUUAA